AUGUCUUGGUUAGAGCGCGUUUCCGACGAAUACAGUCGUGUAGUGCAUCCGCCAUUAGUGCUGAUUUUGUGCAUUUCUGGAUCAGUCGGACAUCUAGUAUCGAUUACCACCUUGACAUCGAUGAUGAAUCCGACUAACGCCUUUCUAAUAAGCAUGUCAUGCUCACAACUCGCGUUAUGUGCUAAUUUCCUCUAUUCGACUUUGUUCAAAUGGGCAUCGGACGAAUUAUGUAUACCGCUUUUCUUUUCCUAUUAUAUGGUUAAAACAAUGCAUAUUUCUGUCACAUUAUCGGUUCUCGUACACAUGGUAUUCCAUGUUGUUGCUCUUUCAAUUAUUCGAUGUUGUUCAUUAUCAAGAUUGGCGAAUAUUAACUCAUCGCAGCAAUGGUUUACCUAUCAGAAAUGUCGAAUAGCACUGGUGAUUAUCUUCGUUAGUGUCGCCGUUAUCGGUAUCCCGUUACAUUUCACAUCAAAAGUGGUUAUGGUGGAUGAAAACGAGAGCUGCGCAGUUCGUUAUCCGGUGCUACGUAACGCCACUGCGUACCAGUUACAGUUCUCGUCUUUUCCGUACUUGCAUACACUGAACUUUUGGUUGUUCAACUUCUGCUCUAAAAUCAUUCCAUCGAUUAUCUUAUGUGUGAUGACGUUUCUUAUUCUUAAUCAGUUGAAGCAAAUUCAACAACUGAGUGCUCGAUUUAUGAACGUCAAACGAGACAAACAACAUCAACAAACAACAAAAAUGAUUUUGAUUAUUAUGUUCGUCUUUAUCAUCGUUGAGCUACCACAAGGUCUACUAGCUGUAUUGUCUACAGUAACCGAUCUUCAGUUAAUCGCCGCCUUAGGUGAUUUCACAGAAAUGAUCACCUUACUGACGUCAUGUGUUAUUUUUGCAUUAUUCUGUCUAAUGAAUGGUAAAAUUCGAUCAGCCUUCAUGGAGGCGCCUUGUCUUCGAUGGUUAGAGAAGUGGGUACGAACAAUUAUCGAACGUAGGUUCGUUCCUUUAUCACAUUGCUUAAGAACUUUUAUUAUAUGUUAUGAUAAAAACACAAACUUUACUUAUUUCCAAGCCCCUCAACUCGUUUUGUAG